AUGUCCUCUUGCCUCUUCGAAAAGCCUCGGACGCCGCUCGAAAUCUAUGCCCGAUCCUUGCCCGAUGAUGCAGACGCAGCUCCAAUGCUCUUCCCCAUGUACACCGUAGCUGCGGACGUGCUGUUGAAGAUGACGAAGGUCGAGCCCCACGAAAAGUUGAAGGCCAGAGGUGAGCUUGUUGCCUUCAGCGACGACUUGGGCAAGGCAGCCUUCGUUUCGCACCAGUGGCUUGAGACGAACCACCCAGAUCCGGAGUUCAGGCAGAUACGCAUUCUGCAGGAUGUCGUAAAGCGGAUUCUGAAUAGCUCUGAGUCUCUUUCCUUGGACCCCUCCACAGAAGCCGCGGUGCGAACGGCUAAGCCGCUCCCCAUGAAGGAAUUCCAGGCGCAGAGAUUGUACUUCUGGUACGACUAUUUCUCAUGCCCACAGCUGGGGGAGCACCAGAUCGACAAGACGCCUAACAUGCGCCUGGCCCGCGCCAUAACAAGCAUCCCGGCAUAUAUAGGCAGGUGCGAUUUUUUCUUUGCGCUAUGCCCUGUUCUCGACUGCCCCUUGAAAAGCACAGUGCUUACGGCGGCGACCUGGAGCAGGAGGGGGUGGUGCCGCCUAGAACGAGCCGCACGCGAGCUGUCGCCAAACAGCACUUGGAUUCUGAUUCAAAGCGAAAGCUCCAUUGAAGUUGUUGGCACGGUGCUGUCCUUUCCGAGUGGCCCCGUCGGGGAAGGCCAUUUCGAGAUCGAGGAGGAUCGACACAAGCUGGCCCCCGUGAUGCGGCAGAUCUUGGUUCAGAAACUGCUUCAUUGCCUGCGAGUGGGCGACCUGCCUGGAUUCCGACGCCACUUCAACCUCCAGACGGUUCACCUGCGGGGGCUGGAGAUCGAGCCGAUUGGCGGCUUGCUUCCCAGCUCUGAGGGUGGUGAUGAUUCAGUGGCGGAGUUCCUGCACCAGAACGGCUUGAGGAGGGUCGCUGAGGCCGACAGCACGGGGUGGUGGCCACUGCACUACGCUGCUCUGGCCGGCAAUGCAGAAGUGCUGCGGGGCCUGCUGGAGAAGCGCGCCGACGUGAACCGGCGCACGUCGAAGGAUGAGCCGAUGUUGGGCUUCCCGCCUUGGGUGUCGGCUUUGGAUCUGGCGGUGUUCUACAAGCACCAAGAGGCCACGCGGCUGCUUCUCGCCGCAAGAGCCCAACUUGAGGGUGGGCUAGCGCCGGCUAUCUUUUAUCCUGGCUUCUCGGAAAAUGUAGAGGGAGUCCGGCUCCUGUGUGCAGCGGGUGCCAGACCGCUGGCACGCAACGUGUUCGGCGUCAGUUGCUUGCAAAAUGCAGCAGGGUUCGCGGCGUCUGCAGUGCUGGAGGAGCUGGUUAGGCAGGGUUGCCCUGAUUCCCUGGAGCUUUCGCGCGCACUCUUCGAUGCUGCAGCAGUUCACGGUGGCUCGGCAGGGAUGGUAAGCCGGCUGAUCGCCCUCCGCGCCGACAUCGACUUUCAACUGAUCAUCCCACGUGACAUCAGCACAGUGGGCCGGCUGCUCCUUGCGGGCAAGUCCUUGCAGUACAAGUUUGGUCGGAAAACAAUCUUGUCCGGUCUGGCUUAUCAUUUGCAUGGCAGCACGCCGCUGAUGCAGGCCAUAAGGUCGGCUCAAUUCGAGGCCGCCGCAGCUCUGAUCGCGGCCGGCGCGAGACUGGACCUCUGCAACUGCCGGCACUGGACUGCUGCAGAUUUUGCCUGUAGCCAGUCGAUCCCACGCUUUCUGCAGCUUGGCCUGGAGGGGGACCCGUCAGAGUGCCGGCGGGUCUCCUCGCUCGCUCUUGCUGACGGCUAUGUCGAGGUUCCUUUUUAA